AUGUCCUCGUCAAGCUCGUUCACAGACGACGACGACGAGGGCGAUUCGUCGCAUAGCCAAGAGGAGUACAGCGACUCGCUGGUAGACGAGAACGACCCUUGGGGUCCAAGCCCAUUCGACGAUAUAGACCCGUCAGAUUCGGCGUCAACAAGUCACCAGCCACCUCGCCCUCAAAGCACGCGACGACGAAGCACAUCGCGGCGCCACAGGCUCCCCUCCUCUGCACGCGCAUCAUUUGUAUAUCGCGGCGGCCCAGCCCCGGCGCCUCCUCCGAUGAGUCUAGACCCGUCAGACGACUACGGCCCCGGCCCGUCGUUUGGGGGGCGCGGCUACGGCCCACCACCCCCGCAAAACCAUGGCGCAUUUUAUGGCCGAGGCGGCCACCAACCCGCCAACUAUGCGGCGAGCCACGUCGGCGCAUACAUGCCAAAUCAUUUCAAUGGGCAGAUGGUGCCGUACAAUUACCAAAACCCAUUCACUCCCAUGGGUGGCAUGGCCGCUAAUGGGGGCGGCGGAAACUUCUUUGGAGAACAUCCUCGUGGCUACGACGUGAUGCCGUAUCACCAGAACGGUGCCGCCUUUUUUGGCGGCGGUGGCGGCGGAGGUCCUGGUCCUGGUUAUAGUGCGCACUACAUGUAUGCGCCGCCGCCCCCCCCCACCGAGAUCGGCGUCCCUGUCGGGCCUCCCACACCCGCGCCGCCGCCGGCAGAAAAGAAGCUGGACCCAGAGGUGGAAGCCAUGAAGGCUCAGCUCGAGUUCUUCAAGCUGGAGAAGCAACGGAAGGAAGCCGAGCUAAAACAAAAGGAGCUGGAGGAGAAGAUCCGGAGGGACACCGAGGAGACACUGCAGCGGAGGAUGGAGGAUAUGAGGAGGGCGCAAGAGGAUGCCAAGAUAGAGAUCGAGAAGGCAAGGGUGGAAGCCGAGAAAUUGGCACGCGAAAAGCUGGAGCAGGAGCGCAAAGCCGAAGAGCAGAGGAGAAAGGCGCACGAGGAAGCCCUCAAGCGUGCCGAGCGUGAUGCUCGCGACAAGAUGGAGGCGGAGAUGAGGGACGCCGAAGAGCGCAAGAAGCGUGAAGCGGAACAGGCCGCAAUUCGCGACGCUAAGCAAAAGGCCGAGAUUGCGGAGGCCAUCAGAGUGCAUCACGAAAAGAUGCUGGAAGCCCGCAAGGCCGAGGCAGAUCUCAAAGCCGCCGAGGAUAAGAAGCAAGCCGAAAAGGACGCGUUAGUCAAGAAAAUGGAGGAGGACGCCAAGGCGAAGCUAGAGGCAGCAAAGAAGGAGGCCGAGGAGAAGCAAGCUGCUGCGAUCAGAGCCGAGAUCCUCAAGAUAGAAGCCGCCCAGAAGGCCGAGAAAGAAGCUAAAGAGGCCGCCGACAAGAAGGCCGCCGAAGACGCCGAGUGGCGGAAGAAGCUCGAAGCCGACGCCAAGUUGAAGGCCGAACUCGAGGCGAGGGAGAAACUCGAGGCCGAGAGGAAGGCUGCUGAGGCGGCGAAGACUGCCGAGGAGGAAAAGAAGAAGGAGGCGGAGGCGCUCAAGAAGAAGAUCAUCGAAGAAACGCAACUAAAGAUUGAAGAGGCAGCCAAGAAGAAGGAUAAGGCACCCAUCAAGUUCAAAGACGCAGUGGGCCGCAAAUUCAACUUCCCGUACAACCUAUGUCAAACGUGGACGGGAAUGGAGGAGCUCAUUAAGCAGGCCUUUCUGCAUGUCGAAGUCAUCGGGCCUCACGUCCAAGAAGGGCAUUAUGACUUGGUCGGUCCCAAUGGCGAGAUCAUUCUGCCCACGGUCUGGGACAAGGUGGUUGAGCCAGACUGGUCAAUAACAAUGCAUAUGUGGCCCAUGGACAAGUUGGCCAGUAUGCGGGGCCCACCCCCCGGCGGCAUGCCACCCGGUGGCAUGCCUCGGCCGCACCAUCCGGGCCACCCACACGCUCACGCCCACGGACACGCCCCCCGGCCAGCCGGGGGCUUCCCGGGGAUGUUUGCUGGUGCUCGCCCAAUGGGCGUACGGCCGGGUGGUGGCGGUGGCAUGGGGCCGCCUCCGCCCCCCCCUCAAGGCUGGGCUGGUGUUCCACCUCCUAUGGGUGGCCGAGGACGGCCCAUGGGGGGUAUGCCACCUCAAGUCAUUGAGGUGGAGCCUGGCAAGCCGCCCAAGAGAGUCUCGAAAUCCACGGGCUCCAUGUUGGGCUGGAUGGCCGGGAAACCUACUAAAAGCAGCAGCGGCAAGAAACACACUCCGCAACACGUCAAGCCCAUGCUCUACAAGUCCGUUUCUAUCCCGAAUUCCCCAGCUCCUACUUCAUGGUCGACUCUGCCAAAACGGCAUUGA